AGUGUCAUGUACUAUUCCUCUUCCGCACCCCUCGAUUCGGUGCCAAGUGGUGACGGCCAGAUCGUUCCGGGCAACUUGCGCUUACGAGCUGCCCCGGGAAAUCGGCCUAUGUUUCCUAUGCAUCAUUGCGGUAGCCGACUCUUCACCAACGGACUUGUCUUCGGACCCCCAGGUGGUGCGAUUGCUGGACGAGUUCGUGGACAUCUUCGAGUCACCUACCAGUGUCACGACGAUGUGGUGCCAGAUCGGCCGAUCUCUCACGAGAUCAUUCUUGAGGACGGUGUCGUGCCGCUGAAAGGUUGCAUCUAUCGGAUGAGUGAGGAGGAUCUUGAGGUCCUCCGCGCACAACUCGACGACUUGUUGGCCAAGGGCUGGAUCCGCCCUAGUAGCUCCCCAUAUGGAGCGCCAGUUCUCUUCGUACGGAAGAAGAAUAAAGAUCUACGAUUAUGCAUCGACUACCGCAAACUCAAUGCGCAAACCGUCAAGAAUGCGGGUCCUCUUCCUUGCAUCGACGAUCUUCUGGAGCGAUUGGGCGACACGAAGUAUUUUUCUACGUUGGAUUUGAAGUCGGGAUAUCAUCAAGUCUCGAUCCGACCGAACGAUCGUUACAAAUCUGCGUUCAAGAUGCGGUAUGGGCAUUUUGAGUGGGUGGUCAUGCCUUUUGGCCUCACCAACGCCCCGACGACCUUUCAAGCGGCAAUGACCAACGAGUUCCGUGCAAUGUUGGACCGGUUCGUGCUGGUCUACUUAGACGAUAUUCUCGUGGAGGAUCAUCUUGGGCAUCUUCGACGAGUGUUGGAGACGCUCCGCUGCGCCAAGUACAAGGCAACCCGAGACAAGUGCAAAUUUUUCCGGCAAGAGCUGGAAUACUUGGCCCAUUUUGUCAUCAGUCCGCUAUCGGACAAGAUUCAGGCCAUCCAAGAGUGGCCAGAGCCUCGGAACGUCACGGAUGUCCGUUCGUUCCUUGGCCUUGCCGGCUACUACCAGCGUUUUAUCAAAGGCUACUCGAAGAUCACGACCCACUUGACCAAGCUUCAAUGCGAGGAUCGGCCGUUUGACUUCGGAGAGGAGGCGCGAGAAUAAUUUUUGGCUCUCAAAGCCGCGCUAUUAUCUGCGGAGGUCUUGCGGAUAUAUGACCCGUUUUUGCCUACGCAC